AGCUAUCAUGCCAAAAUUCUCUGAAAUAUUUGCCAGUGGGGAGCAUUUGCCCCCUUUCUUUGUCUGAAUGUAGACUACAUGUUUAUAUCUGGUUUGCUGACAGCCUCACUGCUGUUCGUUCACUCUUGCUUCUGGAGUGUUUUCAACUUAUCAGCCAACAGGGCCAAUUGAACAUACAACAACGAUUCACAAUGGACUCAGUAGCGUCUUUUCCUUCUAGAUUUUCUCCAUUGGAUGAGUUUCCCACACCAGGGCUUGACGGGCAACCCCGUCCGGAUUACCGACCAUACCGCCCGACCGCGAAUGGUUCAACUAAGUCUCGAGUUAUCGACCCCGCAUAUCUUCCAGGCGGAGAAAAGUCCCUCUCCGGUAUCUCCAUUCGUUCGUUUCUCCUUGGCCAGGCUGCAGGCACCUGUGUCGUCCUCACCGUGUUACUUUACACAUUUUCCAAUCCAUUAUGGCGCGUUCCUUUCUUCGUCACAUCGUUGGCCCUAUUCCACUUUCUUGAAUACUAUAUCACUGCCCGUUAUAACAACUUGUUCGCAACGGUCACCGCUUUUCUCUUGACUCAAAACGGAGCCGCCUAUAAUAUCGCCCAUGGGUCUGCAGUUGCAGAGUGCCUGCUUGCUCAUCUAUUCCUCCCCGACGGUUAUUUUGAAUGGACCGCUGCGAUAUUUGGUGGCAUAAAAUAUCAGGUGUUGGUGGGACUGGUGUUGAUGGUAGUUGGCCAAAUUGUUCGGUCAUUGGCGAUGGCACAGGCAGGCGUUAGUUUCACUCAUACUAUUCAGCAUCAUCGCAGGGAGGAGCAUAGCUUGGUGAAGGAAGGGAUUUACAGCAUUUUCCGCCAUCCAAGCUACUUCGGAUUCUUCUGGUGGGGUUUGGGGACGCAAUUGGUGUUGGGAAAUGCGGUAUGCUUUCUAGGUUAUGCCGCUGUGCUCUGGGAGUUCUUUUCUUCUCGGAUUCGAAAGGAGGAGAUGCUAUUAAUCGAGUUCUUUGGUAAAGAAUACGUUGAGUAUCGAAGCAAAACCUGGGUUGGAAUUCCAGGCAUACGCUGACUUAUUUCAUCUUCGUACUGAUUCUCAUAUUGACUCUGUUUACGGUCAUGUUCGUCUGGCAAGAACAAAUUAAGUUCUAUGUUCAUAUUUUUGGAACCAACUAAACCCACAGAGUCUAGAAAGGAGGUGAUUCCAUAUCAGAGAUAUUCCUUCCCUGUUGACUCUGUUUAUCAUAUAUGUUUCGCUCCUCUCCAAGCUUGUUUUCUCACUGGGGGGUGAUGGGGUGUACAUGGCUGCAAAUCAACGCAAUCAUGGAUUCAUCCAUCUAUAUCAGCCUUUG